GUCUUUGUGUUUGAUGUUGGACAGAAGACCUGGAAAUAUUAUGACUGGUCACAGAUUACAACUGUGGCAGUUUUUGGAAAAUAUGACUCAGAACUUAUGUGCUAUGCUCAUUCAAAAGGAGCCAGAGUCGUGCUAAAAGGUGAUGUCUCCCUGAAGGAUAUCAUUGAUCCUACCUUCAGAGCAUCGUGGAUAGCUCAAAAAGUUAAUUUGGCUAAAAUGCAAUACAUGGAUGGAAUUAAUAUAGACAUAGAACAAGAAGUUGAUUGCUUAUCACCUGAAUACGAAGCAUUGACAGCUUUGGUUGAAGAGACCACACAGCGUUUCCACCAUGAGAUUCAGGGAUCACAGGUAACCUUUGAUGUAGCUUGGUCACCAAAGAACAUAGACAAAAGGUGCUAUAAUUAUACUGGAAUUGCGGGUGCCUGUGAUUUUCUCUUCGUGAUGUCUUACGAUGAGCAAAGUCAGAUCUGGUCAGAAUGUAUUGCAGCAGCCAAUGCUCCCUAUAAUCAGACAUUAACUGGAUAUAGUGACUACAUCAAGAUGGGCAUUAGCCCUAAGAAACUCAUCAUGGGUGUUCCCUGGUAUGGUUAUGAUUACACCUGCCUGAAUCUAUCACAGGAUGAUGUGUGCAACAUUGAAAAGGUUCCUUUUCGAGGGGCUCCUUGCAGUGAUGCUGCAGGCCUCCAGGUGCCCUACAAAGUGAUUAUGAAGCAAGUAAAUAGUUCUGUUUCUGGAAGCCAAUGGAAUAAAGACCAGCAAGCUCCUUAUUAUAACUACCAGGAUCCUGUUGGCCAUUUUCAUCAAGUGUGGUAUGAUAACCCCCAGAGCAUUUCACUAAAGGCAGCGUAUGUCAAAAACUAUGGCUUGCGGGGCAUUGGCAUGUGGAAUGCAAACAGUCUUGACUACUCAGAAGAUGCUCUAGCCAGACAGCAAACAAAAGAAAUGUGGGGAGCUUUAAAACCAAGAUUGUGAUGGAGAGAGGAGCAUCUCUUGUCAGACUAUUAGAUUUUGUAAGAAUGAGCUGUUUAAGUGGUUCUAGCUUCUUGCAGAGAUAAAAAUGUGUAUAUUCUGUCAUGUUGCCAUACUUAUCUAUUGUUAUACUCAACACACAGGUAAGAGAUAAAGAGAUUCUUCAUUUGAACAUGAAAGAUACAUAUAUAUCUUAAAUAGUGAGGAAUAUAAAAGCAAGAAACAAGGCAACAUUCUAUUAAAUAUUUUUCUAUGUUUUAAUAUAUUUUAAUUAGGAAAAUUGCUUUCAAAAUUUCUCUUCUGGUAUUAAAAUAUACUAUUAAAAAUCAUUACUGAUUUAAAAAACGUGUAACUAGUGGACAAAAGAUAAUGGGGUGGGGAAUGAAUAUGAUCAAAUUAUGUUAUAUACAUGUAUAAGAAUAUCAGAAUGAAGCAUUAUUUUUUACAAUUAAAACAUGCUAAUAAAAACAUUGACAAGAACUAUGCAUAUCUUGAAAUGGAAAUUGUUGGCUUCAAACACAUUCUUUACAACCUAGCCUUUGAGAAGCAGUGUAUGUUGGAUUUAUUUUCAACAAAUGUUAAAUUUAGAACCAGGAAUUUGGUUAUCUCCUUAUAUUGACCAAAAUGAUUAGACAUGAUUUUUCUGCUUCCUGACUCCUUAUAGUACAUACUAAUGUUUCAUGACACACAUUAGAGUCACUUAAAUCUUGAAACAGUGUAUGAGAAAAAAAGCAUGCAUACAAAUUACAUGAGAGAUGAAAAUUUAGAAAUAUUUGAACUUGUAAAGGCACCUGAUAAGAGAUUUCUGUGUGAGACUCUUGCAAUAAGAAAAAGCUGGUGUUGAACUUAGUCUAUUCACUGUUUAGUCGUUCAUGGUGCUUCACUUACUAACUCUCAUUUCUUGCCUAGUUUUCUUUUCAUGUUUUUCUUCUAUAUUUGCAUUUUGCUUUUAAGCUGCAUAAGAACAUUAUUCUCUCUGUUUUCUAAAUGAUCAAUUUUGUGAAAAUAAAUUUCUAAUGUAAAGCAGUCUUCAUUCUCGUUCUCAAAGCAAGUAACAGUAACCUUACAGGACUGGUGAGAUGGCUUAGUGGUUAAGAGCACUGGCUGCUCUUGCAGAGGUUGUAGUUUCAAUUCCCAGCACCCACAUGACAGUUCAAACAUAACUCCAUUUCCCCAGGGAUCUUUAACUCCAGUUCCAGGGUAUCUGACACACUGUUAUGGCACACACAUGUUACACAGACAUACAAACAUCCAUGCACAUAAAAUUAAAUAAAAAUAAAUCAUAACAUUGUAUUUAUAUUACUUCCUGAAAAUACAUAGAUUAAAUGUUUGGUGUUGUGGAAUAAUCUUUUUGUACACUGUGACGAUGCUUUACUCUGAUUGGUUUAAUAAAAAGCCGAUGACUUGA